AUGCCACGACGUGACACUGCAGAAUACGAUCGUGAACUUCUUGAGAGGAUGGAACCUAAGAUGUUUGCGGUGAACCGUAUGACCGAUAGGUUGACAAAGGAUGUACGUGGUGCAGCAGUAACAAUAGCGUUGGUAGCGGCGUCAAUCAUUGCCACUGUAAGCACCAUCAUAGCAAUGCACACUAACAAAACAUUGGCCACGUGUGCUGCGGUGGGUUCCUUUGCUGGUGUGCUAAGCGCCUGCUUAGCUCCUACGCGUAGCGAUGGCGUUGCUAUACUCGUUCACGAAGGUGCGCUGACUGUGACUGGCAUGAACACUAUGAUCGUUCACUAUACGAAGUCAAAGUUGGAAAUGGCGGUUGUGGACUAUUUGUUUGUUGCACUGGCCAGCUGGGCGAUUAUUGUGAUUUUGCGUAUUAUCGUGUCGAAGAAAAUGCUGGAGUGUUUUCUAAUGGUUACUCUGGAUACUGUUGCGCUGCUUCACGUGACUGUCAUUUUGAUGGAAGUGCUGGACUUCGUUGACCACCCGCUCGCAAACAACUUGCCUUUUGAACUAGCUUCUUUCUUCGUCACGGUUGCGUCGGCUGAGUUGGGUCACUACGUGUUUAAUAUGGUGACUUGUCAGCUGAUGCAUCGCCUGUUAUGGCGCUGGAAACAUAUGUCCUCAAGAGUAUCGAUGGUAUUAGACUUUAUCGUGUCUGUACUAUUCGGCGCUGUCGGCAUGGUGAUCUGGAUGCUGGUUGGCGACACGGAUAUGAGCACCUGGAACAUCGUCGCACUUCUCGGUGCAGUGGGUUUAUCCCAGUUGGGGCGUUCCUUCAUCUCGUUGAUUCAUGAAACAGCAAUGGCGCCUUCGUGGAACCGUGGGACAUAUUCUGUCUGGAAUAAUGGCAUCAUGGAGUUAAUGAAUCCAUUUCUCGUCGGCUGGAUUGUGUUUUAUCCGUACGCCAAAACAAUUUUGGAGGCCGAAUUAUCGCGUGAAAAAUAG